AUUAGGCAUACCCAUUUCUUGCAUAAUGCUUCUUUUGUACAUGCUAAAAGAAGUAGAAAUUGAAAACGUUUUGGUAGACCUUAUUAAAUAGUGAAAGAAGGUAUAGAUUGAUGGUAUUAGCAUGCUGACUGUGAUAUGAUUGGUCCAUGUCCUUACUAGUGUUUGUUUUUGGACAAAUAGCAAACUACCGAGCUGUUAGAUGCCUGGCAUUGACCUCGUUUAACCCGGAAAGAAGCUCUAUUCUUUUGCAACAUUUCAUGGAGACUGGCCAAGUUCUCUCUCCUAAACAGGUCUCUUCACAGGAGCAUGUUUUACCCAUGCAGCUCACUCCAUGGAGCACAAAGAAGGCUACUUCCUUGGAUAAGAAAGUACGUUUAGGCAUGAGGAAUUCUUCAUUUGAUAACAUGGAAAUUAAGGAGCAUCUGCUUUCUGCAGCAUCUUACUACACAAAAUUAAAGCCAAGUACUUACUAGUGGAAAGGAAAGGAAUGAUCAAUGUUAUUGUGCAUAAAGAUACAAAUGCUGUCGAUGUCCUGAGGUCAUUUGUCCAUGCUCUUGUCCUGGCAAAUAAUGUUCACAAAAUCAAAUCUUUGCAUUCAGAAGGCCAAAUGUGGAUGGAAAAUCAGUAUGAAGUGUUUAUUCAGAAGCUCAAGUCAUUAGGCUGGAAAACAGAACGUCUUCUAUCACCUAUAAUAUGGAGAGCACACUGGAUCUAUGAACCGUUGGAAGAAAAAACUGAUUAGAUUCAUCUACAGUUUUGAUACAUUAAUGUUCUAGAUUGAUUUAAUUUUUGUUUAAUGAGAUUUUAUGACAUUAAAUGCUGAUGUUGACAUUUGAAAAAAAGUUUUUUAUUCAAAAAUAAGAGAAGGUGAAAGGGAGAAAACAUGAAGCAGGGGGAGGAGGAAGGAGCUUGUAGUGACAGGUAGGAUUUUUAAGAAUAUUAGUCAAUUAUAGAAUGACACAUAAGAUAUUGGGCAGCUGAGAAUUCUAGCUAACAUAUAUAUAGUUACCAUUUUAAAUCUGUUGCUUAUCGAAAAAAAAAAAACAUUUUAAAUCUGUUAUGUUCUAAUUCAAAUCUGUAACUAAUAAUCUACAUAAGAGACUUUGAUUUUGAUCCUGAAAGAUAGGACUCCUGCUUAAUCUGUUUUUUCUUGGACUAUUUCGCCACCGCUAAUAUUCUCCACUAUAAAACGUAUAUGAGUGAAAAGUAUGAUUAGUUGGGUUCUCACUACUAAGUCAAAGAGAAUAAAAUGGAAACAAUUGAAGUCAUAAGAUAAAAAAACAUUCAGGGCUGGUUCUCGUGACACAUAAAAUUGAACUUGUGUUUUGUUUUUCACCAAGUCAGUUCUUUUGAUAACCACGCUUGUUUUAUUCACAUUGAAAGAAAAAAUGGGAAAAGGUGAUGAGGGACGUGCCAUAGGAAUCGACCUUGGCACCACCUACUCAUGUGUUGCAGUUUGGCGGGAGCAACAUGGAAGAGUAGACGUCAUUCAUAAUGAACAAGGAAACAAAAUUACUCCCUCCUAUGUUGCUUUCACAGAUGAUCACAGGUUGAUUGGUGAUGCUGCUAAAAAUCAAGCUGCUCUAAACCCUGAGAACACUAUCUUUGAUGUUAAGAGGUUAAUGGGUAGGAAUUAUAGUAAUCCCAUUAUAAAAAAUGAUAUGAAGUUAUGGCCAUUCAAGGUUACUGCGGGUGCUAAUGACAAACCCAUGAUUGUUGUUAAGUAUAAGGGUAAGCAGUUGCAUCUUUAUGCCGAGGAAAUAUCAUCCAUGGUUCUCUCAAAGAUGCUGGAGAUUGCAGAGGCAUAUCUGGAGUCAGCGGUUAAGAAUGCAGUUAUUACUGUGCCUGCGUAUUUUAGUGACUCUCAACGCAAAGCCACAAUAGAUGCUGGUGUCAUUGCUGGUCUCAAUGUUAUGCAGAUAAUCAAUGAGCACACUGCUGCAGCUAUUGCGUAUGGCCUUGACAAAAGAAGUACUAAUUGUAAGGAAAAGCGAAAUAUUUUCAUCUUUGACCUUGGUGGUGGUACUUUUGAUGUGUGUCUCCUUACAAUUCAAGGUAAGGAAUUCAAAGUUAAAGCCACGGCUGGAAAUACUCACCUAGGAGGAGAGGAUUUUGAUAACAGAAUGGUGAACUACUUUGUAGAGGAGUUCAGAAGGAAGAGCAAAUUGGAUAUUAGUGGAAAUCCUAAAGCCCUGAGGAGGUUGAGAAGUGCUUGCGAGAGGGCCAAAAGGGCACUCUCAUGGUCUUCAUGUACCACAGUUGAGGUAGAUGGUUUAUUUCAGAGCACUGACUUUUGUUCCUCCAUCACUCGUGCAAGGUUUGAGGAACUUAACAUGGACAUGUUUAGAGAAUGUAUAGAGACAGUGGAUAGGUGCCUCAAUGAUGCUAAGAUGGACAGGAGCAAAGUGCAUGAUGUUGUCCUUGUUGGUGGAUCGUCUAGGAUUCCAAAAGUGCAGGAGUUAUUGGAGGAAUUUUUCAAGGGGAAGAAUCUGUGCAAGAGUAUCAACCCUGAUGAGGCAGUUGCUUACGGUGCUGCUGUUCAGGCUGCUUUGCUGAGUGGAGGAGGCAUGAAGAAUGUUCCAAACUUGGUGGUGUCAGAAGUUACACCACUGUCUCUUGGUAUAUUUACAGUAGGAGGCAUCAUGAGUGUGGUGAUUCCUAGGAAUACUACCAUACCUGUGAAGAAGACAAAAGCUUACUGUACAAAUGAAGAUAACCAACCCAAUGUCUUGAUUGAUGUUUAUGAAGGUGAGAGAGCUAGAGCAAGUGAUAACAAUUUGUUGGGUUCUUUUACUAUUUCUGGCAUUCCUCCAGCACCUCGUGGGAGCCAGUCUCUUGAUGUAUCCUUUGCUAUUGAUGCAAAUGGCAUUCUAACUGUUUCUGCUGAGAUGAAAUCCGCUGGUAGUAAGAAUGACAAAAAGAGGCUGUCGACCAAAGAAAUUAAAAAAUUGAUUCGAGAAGCUGAGAAUUUCCGGGCUGAAGACGAGAAGUUCCUUAGGAAGGCCAAUUUAAUGAAUGCAUUGGAGGAUUACAUUUACAAGAUGAAAAAUGCUUUGAAGAAUGAUUGUUAUGUUAAUCCAAAGCUUUGCUCAGAAGAAAAGAAGAAGAUCAGUUCUGAAAUUACAAGGGCCACAAAUUUGCUUGAUGUUUGUAAUAAUCAGCCACAUGUGUUGGAGGAACUUGCGGAUUAUAUGAAGGAACUUGACAGCUUGUUUGAGUUGUUUCAACGCAUGCAUUGUAGGCAAGAUUGAGUUGUUCUUUUCAUUUUAUUAGAGUUUUGCUUGUACUGACUAGCCAUUUUGUCUUUCAUAGAAGAAAACCUUUAUUAUAAUAUAUAUUAUUAGGAAAUAGUUCAAGUUUAUGUCCUGAUUUGAUCAUCUAACUCAUGCUAGCUAAAAUUGUGU